UCUGCACCAGCUCCUCUCCCCUCUCAUUAGCAUCAUGCCUGCUGACUACAAUGGCACCUGGGUCAUGGAGAAAAAUGAAAACUUUGAUGGAUACAUGAAGGCUUUAGACAUUGACUUUGCCACCAGGAAGAUUGCUGCUCACCUAACACAGACCAAGGAGUUCAUCCAAGAAGGAAAUGUCUUUAAAACUAAAACACUGAGCACGUUCAGAAACUAUGAGCUCAACUUCACUGUGGGAGUUGAAUUUGAUGAACAUACCAAGGGGUUGGAUAACCGGGUAGUAAAGUCAUUAGUGUCCUGGGAAGGGGACAACCUUGUCUGUGUCCAGAAGGGGGAGAAGCAGAACCGUGGCUGGAAGCAUUGGUUUGAGGGUGAUAAACUCUACCUGGAGCUAACGUGUGAUGAUCAGGUGUGUCUGCAAGUUUUUAAGAAGAAAAACUGAUGACCCCCAGAAAUCAAAAGCUGCGUUACCACAACAUGUUAUUUUGCUUUGUAAAAAGCGGG